AUGGAGGUGUGCCACCUAUUGACUGGUAGAUGGGAGCAGAAACCCACCACUGGUAAUCCUCCACUGGGUGUUUCUGGCUAUGCAGCUGCUGCCAUUGGAAGAGUAAUCUUUUAUUUCGCAGGAUGGUGUGAUUGGAUAUCACCAACUGUCACUGGAGACAGACCACCUCCUAUUGAUGAAUUUACUUUAACAUCAAUUAAUAAUUCCAGUGCUAUAUUAUUUGGAGGUGACACUGCUAAUGGAAGGAGCAACAAUGUAUAUAUUCUUAAUUUUACUGAUACAUCUGUGAAUUGUUCAAAGUUAUCCAAUCCUGGAGGAUCAGUACAAUGGCCUGAGGAAAGACGUGCUCAUUCCAGUGUAUUGAUUAACACUAACUCAGGACCACACCUAUUAGUGGUGGGUGGAGUUCGUUCUCAUGGUCUUUGGAUAUUUGAUAUUAAAAAUAAAUCAUGGAAGGAACUGUUUAAUACACCGAAGAAUGUCACUAAUAGAUAUUCUCAUUCUCUCUCAUUGUGGAGUGUGACUCCAACCACUAACUGGAUAAUAGUGUUUGGAGGAGAGAUGUCAUACACUGAUACAGCAGUAAUUGAACUCAGGUAUACUAGUAAUAAUGAUUGGUCUACUAAAAUAGACCGUCUGACACGUGUACUACAAGAAAGGGAAAGGGAACUACAGGAGGAGAGAAGAGAAAAGGAACAAGUUAGAAACAGACUACAGCAACAACUUCAAGGAAGAGAACAACAACUUCAACAAGUACAGCAGCAAGGACAAGAAAGAGAGAGGCAGGCCAGAGAAAGAGAGGAGAAUCUUCAAUGGCAGCUUCAAGAAAGAGAGCAACAGUUUCAGAGGGAAGUUCAACAGGGUGGGGAAAGAGAACAGGAUCUUCGACGACAGCUUCAGGAAAGUCAAGAAAGAGAAAGAGGCCUAGAGCAGCAACUAAGAGAGAGAGAUAGACAAGAGAAAGAAUCUUCCUGGGUAGUUAGCAGAAAUGAUAUUAGAAUGACAGAAAGGAUUCUAGGCAGAGGAGGAUGGGGAGAGGUCAGAGUAGCUCGUUUUCAUGGACUGGAAGUUGCUGCAAAGGUACUUCACGAGACCAUCAUAUCAGAAUAUAACGUGUCACUGUUCUCUCGUGAAAUGAAUAUUGCCUCUAAGCUACGUCAUCCUAAUCUCCUUCAGUUCAUAGGAGCCACUACAGAAGGUAAUCCAAUCAUCCUGACAGAGCUAAUGCCGACCAGCCUAAGAAAGGAAUUAGAGACUGGAGGACUGGCCUAUCAUGCUGUACUAAACAUCAGUUUAGAUGUAGCCUGUGCUCUCAAUUACCUUCAUCUCUUCAAGCCUCAUCCUAUACUACAUAGAGAUGUCAGCAGUGCUAAUGUACUCCUUCAGCCAAUGGGAGGAGUGCAUGGAGGUUUGAGGGCUAAGGUAUCUGAUUAUGGAUCAGCUAAUCUUCAGCAUCUUAUAAUUAGGUCAGUCAAUCCUGGUGGCCCACUUUAUGCAGCACCUGAAGCAGCCAAUCCAAGGGAACACUCUCCUUCAAUGGAUGUCUUCAGUUAUGGUGUCCUCCUUCUAGAGAUGAUAACACGACGUAUUCCUCUACCAGAAGAGAGAGUAGGUCUUAUUGAUGGUAUUAGAAGAGCCUCGUUUAGGUCUCUUGUUCAACGCUGCCUGAUAGUUGAGUAUAGACACCGUCCAACAAUGAAUGAUAUUAUAACUGAACUAAAUGAUACUAUUUAAUGGUAACCUGUUUGUAGUUUUAGUAAUUCUUCUAUUUUUGCAUUUUGAUGCUUAGUUAAAGUUGAUUGAUUAUUAAUAAUUAUUA